GAAACAGUUUCAUCAAAUCAAACAAUGUCAAAGAACAAGACUAAGCUUACCAUUCAAAGCUUCCAUCAAAUGGCAAGCUUAAUCUCAAUUAAGCUCUCAAACACCAAUUUUUUACUUUGGAAAUCUCAGGUCUUUUCAUUAAUUUGGAGUGCUCAACUCAUGAAUCACCUUGAAGAGGAGGCACCUGCGAUGAAUAUCACAAGGAAUGGCAAAGAAGAAAUAAAUCCAGAUUAUGAGGUCUGGUUAAACAAUGAUGGAUUGCUCACCAGCUGGUUACUUGGAACCAUGAAUGAAGAAGCAUUGAGAUUAGUUGUUGGCUGUGAUACAACUAGCCAAAUCUGGAGGUGUCUUGAAGAUCAUUACCUUGCCUCUACUAAGGAACAAGAAAUUCACCUUAAGGAGCAGUUAACAAUCAAGCGAGGGGACGGUGAAUCUCUUGAAAAUUUCAUAAGGAAGUUCAAAGGAACCUAUGAUGGCUUGGCUGCAAUCCGCAAGCUCGUUGAUGACUUGGACAAGGUGUUUCAGCUGUCCAAGGUUGUAGGAACAUGUUAUCAACCUUACAAUCUAGCACUGUUGUCGAAAAGGCCAUAUCCUACUUUCAACCAAUAUAUUACGGGGCUGCAAAAUAAUGAAAGGGAGUUGCAAGCAGCAGACCAGGAAAAUAAGGAUAAAACUUCAGCAUAUGCUCAAGUGUUUGUUGCACAAAAGGGAAGAGGUCUACAUAGUAGAGGAUAUGGUGGCAGAAACUUUAGCUCCAAAGAAAUUCCUCAAGCAUUGGUUGCACUUACCAUAAUGGAUGACAACAACAAAAGUACCUAUAUUGAUAUUGGUUCCACUGAUCAUAUGACCUCUGAUCCAGCAUCUAUUGGUUCCUUAAAUCUUAAUGAUGUACUUGUUCUUGAACUCAAGAAAAAUCUGUUAUAUGUUAGUAAGUUUACUGAUGAAAAUCCUUGUGUGUUUGAGUUCUCAUCUAAUGGUUUUGUGAUCAAGGACCAAGUAACACAAGCAGUGGUGGCCAAAGGAAUUAGGAAAGGACAACUUUAUGCACUGGAAGAAGAAGAGAAUCAUGCCCUUGCAGCAAUUUCAAAUAAAGCUAUAGAUUCCAUUUGGCAUCAAAGAUUAAGACACCCUAAUUCUAAUGUGCUAGAAGCUUUAGUCAUGAAAAAUGGAAAUAUAAGUACAAAUGGUGAACUUUGCAAGUAUCCAGACCAUGACAAGUGGUCACGAGCCUCAUCCCACUUACAACCCUCAUGGAAGCUGGAUGAUGAUGCUUUUAUGACUCCACCUACUAGGCAACAGACCAUGGGUAUAGAAAGCAUGAGAGAAGAAGAAAUAGAAGAUAAUAAUGCAGAGAAUAUAGAGCUCGAGGGAGAACAAGAUCUGAAAUAUGAGAGAGACAACAUCUCAGCUCAAAGCACUUUGGGACCUAACAAUCGGGACUCUCCUUCAAGCUCAAUUAAUCCUUUAUCUACCACUAGGAUCAAUCCAAGUCUGGUACAAGUUGCUCAAGAAGAACCAGCUUCUGCUGAAUCUUCACAGGAACCUAUAAGAGUACAAGUUACUCAAAAAGAGCCAAAUCUUGCUAAGUCUUCACAAGAACCUAUUGGAGUGCCUCCACCAUCUCACAAUGCAACUUCAGCAUCUACUCACCCAAUGAUGACAAGAACUCGUAUAGGGACGCAUAUUGGCCAUGUUAAGACUUCAUUUCCAAAAUAUGCAAACACUAUGGUCACUAAUAAUAAUUCCUAUUUGAAUAAUGCAGGUAUGGACAUUCGAGAGCCGGAAACCAUCAAGAAAGCGUUACAACUCCCACAAUGGCUAAGAGCAAUGCAAGAAGAAUUGGCUGCCCUCUACAAGAGCAAUACAUGGACCUUAGUGCCUCCCUCUUCAACUAACACAAACAUUGUGGGAUCUAAAUGGGUAUUCAAAACAAAGUUAAAUUCAUAUGGAAGUGUGGACAAGUUUAAGGCACGCUUAGUGGCACGAGGAUUUUCACAAGUACCAGGGGUAGACUUUAAAAAGACAUUCAGUCCAGUGCUCAAACCCACCAUCCUAUGGUUAGUAAUUGCCUUAGCUACAACCUUAUCAUGGCCACUAAGACAGCUAGAUGUGAAGAAUGCAUUUCUUCAUGGCCAGCUUAAAGAAGUGGUAUAUAUGAAACAACCACCAAGAUUUGAAGAUCCUAAUCAUCCAAGUUAUGUUUGCAAACUCAAUAAAUCUAUCUAUGGUCUCAAACAAGCCCCUAGGGUAGGGUUUGAUACCUUCACUCUUCAUUUAUUAAAGCUAGGACUCCAUUGCAGUCAGGCAAACUCUUCUCUAUUUUUUUUUCAUAAUGGACAAGAUACAACUUUGCUUCUCUUAUACAUGGAUGACAUUGUACUUACUGCAAGCUCUUCAUCUCUACUGCAGCAUAUUAUUGAAAAUCUUAGCAAUAAGUUUGCUCUCAAGGAUUUAGGCUUUCUAAGCUAUUUCCUGGGUAUUGAGGUUACCUUGUUCUCUGGUGGCAUAUUCUUGUCUCAAGCCAAAUAUGCCAAGGAUAUUCUUCCUAGAGCAACCAUGGUUGAAGCCUCCAUGAUUGCAACACCAAUGGUAGUCAAAGAACCACAUACACCAAGAGACGAGGACCCUGUUGAUGCUCAAGAAUACCGAAAAAUUGUGGGUGCUCUACAGUACUUAACCAUCACCAGAGCUAACUUAUGUUUUGCAGUUAACAAAAAACAAUCCACUCUAGCUCGCUCCACUGUAGAAGCAGAGUAUAGAGCGCUAGCCACUACUACAGUUGAACUUGUGUGGAUCACUUAUCUUCUCCAUGAUAUUGGCAUUUCACUCCUAAAUCCUCCUCAAGUGUUCUCAAAUAAUAUUAGUGCUCUACGCAUGGCUAUUAACCUUGUGUUCCAUGCUCGAACAAAGCAUAUUGAAUUAGAUUGUCAUUUUGUUCUAGAAAAGUUUCAGUUCUUACGGUUCAAACUAGGCUUGGUGGUUUCUCCCCAAUCUAGUUUGAGGGGGAGUGUGAAGGAAGUUGAAUCAACUACAGAAUUAACAAGCAAAGAAUCAAGACCUCACAAAGAAUCAGGACCUCAGCCAACUAAGGAAACAACCAAAGCUUAUAUGAAACUCGUUCAGUAUUUUCUGAACGAUACCCUGGUAUUGGAGAAGUUGACAAUUCAUAUUACUGGAGGGGAACAACAUUCCAAGAACGAUUUAUUGUCGUUGCCAAUGGCCUCCAAGGAAUGUCAGGUUGUCAUUCUCUAGGUUUCUUGUUCUUUCUCAUUAUGCAUUUGGUUCUUUCCAUGAUUUGAAUUAAGAAUAUGCCCUUAAGCCUUUACUCUUGUGGUUGUUUGUUUUCCUGGUACCCUGCGGUGCACAAGUUUUUUUUGACACUGUUCAUGCCUUGGAGUUGGACCCUGUUACAACCUUUAU